AUGAUGUCCUCACUUGUCUAUCCCGACUGUCCGACUGGAAACGGUCGUCAAAUCACACUUGCUGGUGUAGACAUGGUAUUGGGAGCUAUCGAUAACGUCUUUGUCUAUCCUUUUCUCGAUAUUAAUCAACUAAAACAUGCAAUCAGCCGCACAAUUUCUCGUUGGCCAAUUGUCGCUGGUCGUCUUCAUAUCACCGACAAUGAACAUUACUUGAUUGAACUGUCGGACAAUCCUAUUCCAUUCACUUAUAUUGAAAAUGAAGAACUUGAACGAUGGCCUAUUCUGCCUGUUGUGGUUGACGAUCAGACAAUCCUUCAACCGUUUGUCGAUUCGGUGCCGAGCGAGCCUACUCAAGACGAUCCACUUGUUCGAUUCAAAGUCACUUGUCUGAUUCGUAGUAGUGAAUACGUACUUGGUGUUUCUUUCUAUCAUAUGAUUGGCGAUGCAGAUUCCAAUAUUCAUUUUCUGAACGACCUUUCUUGUCUCUAUCAAAACCUUGAACCUCUAUCACCGGGACCCAUCUUCGAACGACAUUUGUGGAUCAAAAAAGAUGCUAAUCUUACUGUCGACUGUUGUCUCAUGCCCCUCUUGAAACAAUUGCAAGAUGCUCGUAAGAGAGACAUUGUCAUAGCAGAUGUUCUUCAAGAGUCCGCAACGACGGAUCCAUUUCACAUGUCAUUUUCUUCGAAACAGCUAACAAAACUACGUAGUCUAGCUGCACAAAGUAGUGAAGAUAUCACAAUUCAAGAUGCGCUUACAGCCUAUAUCAUUGUUACAUUUAACAAACAUGUCUUUAUCUCGGACAAGGAAUAUAUCCGACGAACGAAUACUCUAAUUAAUUAUCGUGGUAUAUCUGAUACAUUGGCUCCUCAUGGUCAAGUUGACAAUUCUAUUAUGUUCAUGUUAUCUGAUGAUUUUGCUGAUCCACUUUCAUUAUCGAAUGUUGCCAAAACAAUACGAGCAUCGGUUGAAAAAGCUCGCAACGAAAAUUUUCUCUCACGAUGGCUUGUGACAGUCGACUUGCUAAUGAGAAAAAUACACAAAGAGGAUCAAGCGUGGAAUUUUGCGUCCUAUGCAAAUGAAGUUUGGACUAAUUCAAAUUUAAAAUAUGACUGGGCUAGCAAAGUUGAUUUUGGUAUGACAGAUCAAUGUCGAUUUCAUACAGCUGGCUCAAUGAAAUUCAAGUUUCGUGUUUUUCAAUUGAAUCCUGUACAGGGUGCAGAUGGUAGCUGGACUAGAGAUCAUGGAGGUGCUGAGGUGUCUUUUCGAAUCCCAAAAAACGAUAUAAAGAAUAAGUUUAUUGUAGCAUGGAAUAAUGAUGUGAAAGAGAAUUUUAAGAAUGUCGAAUAA